CAUCCCGAGCCAACCUGCAUUCGUUGUCGGGGGGCGAGCCUCUGCCCCCGCGGGUCUUGUCCGUCGUUGCGGUGUGCCGUUCUCGACGGCCGCUUGUCCUCCAGCGCCGUUCUUGUCCGUCUGGAUAUUCCGUCGUCUUCUUGCCCCGAUCGCCGCUGCCCAUACCCAUCGUCUCCAGCAUCCCGUCUGUCUGUACCUGGAUUCCCGCCGUCGCCGCCAGUACGGACCCGUCUUUCCAGCCGAACCCCGCAUCGUUUCCGUCCCUGUUGCUCGAAGCGUAGACGCUCGAGUGCCAGUUGCUUUUAUUUCUUUUUCUUUUUCUUUUGCAAGGUUCGAUCGGCCUCGAGCCCCUCUAUCCUGCGCUUGCGCUCCAUCUCAGCUUCGGCACCGCCGCCACCCGCUCCAAUUUCCAAACUGCUCUCUCCGUUCCACAUGGCCAACACAUCGUUCGAGUCCAUGCCGUCCUCGGGUGUCGAUCGGCUGCACCCUUCCCACCCAGACCCCAGCUUUGUCGGCCUCUAUCCCUUAAAGUCCUCGCAGAACGACCCGUUCAUCCCCUUUGCGUCGCAGUCGUCCUCCGCUCAGGGCACCAGUCCGCUCCUCCUGCAGCAGCAAUACCCCCUGUCCCUUUCCAAGAACGAUCCGAGCCACCCUACCUUCUAUGCAUCAGCCUAUGACAAUGCCGCCCCGUCUGGGUACGGCAGCAUUAUGCCCUCGAGCGCCGUCUUUCCGUCACCAACAUCAACCCUGUUCGAGCGCUCCAUCGGUGUUCUGGCAUCGAGCUUUUUGGAUCAGAUUGGUGUCGAAGGUCCCUUCGACGAUAUUUCCUUCUCCCUCAAUGGCUAUGGCUCCUUCCUUGGCCCGAACGGCCUGCGGUCCGAUCUGGAUCCGGCGGCCAGCGGCCUCGAUGAUUUGUCCAUCCCGGAGCCACUUGAUUUUUCAUCGUUCAUAGCCGCCCCGCCAGACAAAAAAUCUGCAGAUCUGUCGGCCAUGGCCUUCCCGGGCACCUCUGACCCAUCACUAGAGCAAGCGGCCCCGGAUGCCCUUGGUGGCGACCUCAGGGCCGGCGAAGUUGCCCUCGACAAGGUCGACUUUUCCUCGGGUAUGACUCUCGGAUUCGACGAUCUGCAAAACAACCCCACCUUUGAAUUCAUUGUUGGCGACUUCCUCAACGGCAUCGAUCGAAAGUCCAUGGCCGACCCAGCCGAUCUGUCCUUUGACUUUGCAUCCUCGAUCGUCAAGACCAUGAACGGCCUCGCUCCAAGCUUUGCCAGUCAGGCCAACCCUGCUGUCCCAGUGGUCUACCACGAGAAUAUGCUGAUGGUUGGCUCCAAUGAAGGCGCCGACGCCCUCAGCAGCGUUCCUAUGAGCGAUGGCAUUUCCGUGAGCAACGAAUGCUCGGAACGUGCCCCGACUGUCCAGCGCGGCAUCGACUCGUCGCUGCCGGACCUUUAUCCUGGAGGCAUCCAUGCGCACGAGCCCACAGAUCUGCCCACGCCGUCAACGUCGCCCAACUACCAGGCCGUGGUCUCGAAUGCAGCCACCCCUACCACUGGCCUUGUGGUCAACUCGCCAAUGUCGCUUCCCACUCACCCCGACGCUGCGGCCCCGUCCCUCGCGGGCUAUAUUCCGCCCGAAGGCUCAAUCUUGCACCCCACCGCGCUCGACUACCUGUCACCAUCCGAGCCCAGUCAACGGAUAGGCGGCGGCCCCAUUCGCACAUCGUCGACGGGAUCGGCUCGCUCCCAUGGAAACUAUACCCACCUCCCCCACGCCCAUCCGUACUCGAUCCCCGCCAGCGCCACUGCCUCGGCCCUUGCCGCCCCCGCUGCCUAUGCCCUGCACCCACACCAGAAGCUGCGCCACCACGUCGCAAGCACCAAGCCGAAAACCAUGAGCAUGAUCAGCUCCCAGAGCCAUCCCCACUACCGACCGCAGUCUGCCAUUGUCCGCCAGUUCUCGCAGUCUUCAUCCGACGGCACCGGCUCCCAGCCACAGGUGGCCGGCGUCCGCUCCGUGGCCUCGCCCUCUUCGCAGUACCGACAGAGCCCCAGCUCUGGCACCAUUGCGCCUGGCGUCCUGCAAGGCGAUGCUUUCGAUGGCCUGAGUGCUCAGAACCCAUACGUCAACGGUAUGGCCCUGGCGCUUGGCCGCGACGUCUACCACGGCCACGAACUGGGCCUCUACCAGACGCACCCUUACGGUGUCCGAUCCUAUGGCUACGUCCGCCCCAUGGCAGCCACCUAUAUCCGCCCGGACCAGAUGGAGAUGUCUGGGCAAGGCUUUGGCUGCACCCUGUGCCCCACUGGAGUCUCAUUCGCCUCGGUCGAGCUGUUGAAGCAGCACCAGAUCCAAGUUCACAACACGGCUGUUGUCACGGCCCAGCACCAGAGCUACCCCGCCACGGCCUCCAAGUUGCAGCAGUCCCCCGACGACCGCCACUCUGGGAGCCUGGCCAACCCCGGUGCCUCGCCAUCGUCCUCGAGCGACCGAUCGCCAGUUCAUACCCCUAACCAGUUCUCGAAAUCAUCACGCCGUCGACUCGCCGACGAAUCGGCGCCCGUGUCCGAUGCUGAGGACCUUGAUGACGAGGAUGACGACCUCGACGACGACGAGCAGAACCCGAACAAGGGCUCGUCCGAGAACACCCCAGGCAAGAACAAGGUGUACUACUGCAAGUUGUGUCCGCAGACCUUUAGCCGGAGCCAUGAUUUGAAGCGGCACUAUUACAUCCACACCCAGGAGAAGCCCUUCCACUGCAAUCUCUGUGGCAAGGGUUUCUCGCGCAGAGAUGCCCUGCGGCGGCACGAAAAGUCGGUCAUGGAGGGAAAGAAGGUCCAGUGUAUCGGCAGCGGCAUAGGAGUCCGUGGUGACGGCAGUGGCUACAUGAACUCUGCGACCCUUACCGCCGCGCAGAUGGGAUAGACUGGCUCUGUCCCGCACCGCACGCCACCGCCCUCUCCAACAUCCAACGCCUUUCCGUCGCCGCCGUCACCGGCAUCCAUUUCUCAGCGUCAAACAAGCUAUCAAGCAAUCAAGCAAUCGUCACCCCCCUCUCCCCCAGUCACUUG